AUGGUGAGUGUUCGCUGCAAGCUGGCUCGUUACCUGGAGGACCUGGAAGACAUAGACUUUAAGAAAUUCAAGAUGCAUUUAGAAGACUAUCCCAGUCAGAAGGGCUGCACCUCAAUUCCUCGGGGUCAGACAGAAAAAGCAGAUCAUGUGGAUCUAGCCACACUGAUGAUUGAUUUCAACGGGGAAGAGAAGGCAUGGGCCAUGGCCAAGUGGAUUUUUGCUGCCAUCAACAGGAGAGACCUUUACGAGAAAGCUAAGAGGGAUGAGCCAGAAUGGGAGAAUGCAAAUGUUUCUGUACUAAGUCAGGAAGAAAGCCUUGAAGAAGAAUGGAUGGGUUUACUGGGAUACCUUUCCAGAAUCUCUAUUUGUAGGAAAAAAAAAGAUUACUGUAAGAAGUACAGAAAAUAUGUGAGAAGCAAAUUCCAGUGUAUUGAAGACAGGAAUGCCCGUCUGGGUGAGAGCGUGAACCUCAACAAACGCUUCACCAGGCUGCGUCUCAUUAAGGAACACAGGAGCCAAUGGGAGAGGGAGCAAGAGCUCCUUACCAUUGGAAGGACCUGGGCCAAGAUACAGGAUAGUCCUGUGAGUUCUGUGAACUUGGAAUUGCUGUUUGAUCCUGAGGACCAGCACUCUGAGCCUGUGCACACGGUGGUAUUCCAGGGAGCAGCGGGCAUCGGGAAAACAAUACUGGCCAGGAAGAUCAUGUUGGACUGGGCAUCAGAGAAACUUUACCAGGAUAGAUUUGACUAUUUGUUUUACAUUCACUGCCGGGAGGUGAGCCUUGGGACGCAGAGGAGCCUGGGGGAUCUGAUUGCCAGCUGCUGCCCUGGCCCAAACCCACCCAUAGGCAAGAUUGUAAGCAAGCCUUCCAGGAUCCUCUUCCUCAUGGACGGCUUUGACGAGCUUCAAGGUGCCUUUGAUGAGCACACAGAAGCACUCUGCACGAACUGGCAGAAGGUGGAGCGGGGAGACAUUCUCCUGAGCAGCCUCAUCAGAAAAAGACUGCUUCCUGAGGCCUCACUCCUCAUCACCACAAGACCUGUGGCUCUGGAGAAACUUCAGCACUUGCUGGGCCAGGCUCGUCAUGUGGAGAUCCUGGGUUUCUCAGAGGCCAGGAGGAAGGAAUAUUUCUUAAAGUAUUUCUCAGAUGAGCAGCAAGCAAGGGAAGCCUUCAGGCUGAUUCAGGAGAAUGAGAUCCUCUUCACCAUGUGCUUUAUUCCUCUGGUCUGCUGGAUUGUGUGCACUGGGCUGAAACAGCAGAUGGAUAGUGGCAAGAGUCUUGCUCGGACAUCCAAGACCACUACUGCAGUGUAUAUCUUCUUCCUCUCCAGCUUGUUGCAAUCUCAGGGAGGGAGUCAGGAGAACCACAACUCUGCUACCCUCUGGGGUCUCUGCUCAUUGGCUGCAGAUGGAAUCUGGAAUCAGAAAAUCCUAUUUGAGGAGUGCGAUCUCAGAAAUCAUGGCCUGCAGAAGGCAGAUGUGUCUGCUUUCUUGAGGAUGAACCUGUUCCAAAAGGAAGUGGACUGUGAGAAAUUCUACAGCUUCAUCCACAUGACUUUCCAGGAGUUCUUUGCUGCCAUGUACUACUUGCUGGAAGAAGAUAAUCAUGGGGAGAUGAGAAACAUGCCUCAGGGUUGUUCAAAGCUUCCCAACCGAGAUGUGAAGGUCCUUCUCGAAAACUAUGGCAAAUUCGAAAAGGGAUAUCUGAUUUUUGUUGUCCGUUUCCUCUUUGGCCUUAUAAACCAGGAGAGAACCUCCUACUUAGAGAAAAAACUGAGCUGCAAGAUCUCUCAGAAAAUCAGGCUGGAGCUGCUCAAAUGGAUUGAAGCAAAAGCCAAGGCCAAGACACUACAGACUGAGCCCAGCCAGCUGGAACUGUUCUAUUGUUUGUAUGAGAUGCAGGAGGAGGAAUUUGUGCAAAGGGCCAUGGGCCAUUUCCCCAAAAUUGAGAUCAAGCUGUCCACCAGAAUGGACAAUGUGGUUUCUUCUUUUUGUAUUGAGAACUGUCGCCAUGUGGAAUCCCUUUCCCUGAGGUUGCUCCAUAACUCACCCAAGGAGGAGGAAGAAGAGGAGGAAGUUAGACACUCUCAUAUAGACCAUUCUGUUCUCUCUGAUUCUGAGGUUGCAUAUUCUCAGCGGUUGGUGAGCUAUCUGACCACCAGCAUUUGUAGCGGCAUCUUCUCAGUCCUGAGCAAUAACUGGAACCUCACUGAAUUGAACCUCAGUGGCAAUACCCUGGGGGACCCAGGCAUGAAGGUGCUGUGUGAAACACUCCAACAACAGGGUUGUAACAUUCGUAGAUUGUGGUUGGGACAGUGCUGCCUUUCCCAUCAGUGCUGCUUCAACAUCUCCUCAGUCCUGAGCAAUAACCAGAAGCUGGUGGAAUUGGACCUGAGCCACAAUGCCCUGGGAGACUUCGGGAUCAGACUUUUGUGUGUGGGACUGAGGCAUCUAUUCUGCAAUCUGAAGAAGCUCUGGUUGGUCAGCUGCAGUCUCACAUCAGCAUGCUGUGAGGACCUUGCAUCUGUCCUGAGCACCAAUCAUUCCUUGACCAGACUCUACUUGGGGGAAAAUGCUCUGGGAGACUCAGGAGUUGGGAUUUUGUGUGAAAAAGUAAAGAAUCCACACUGUAACUUGCAGAAACUGGGGUUGGUGAAUUCUGGCCUUACAUCAGGUUGUUGUCCAGCUCUAUCCUCAGUGCUCAGUACAAAUCCGAAUCUCACCCACCUUUACCUACAGGGCAAUGCUCUUGGAGACAUGGGGGUCAAGUUACUCUGUGAGGGACUCUUGCACCACAACUGCAAGCUUCAGGUGUUGGAGUUAGAUAACUGCAGCCUCACAUCACACUGCUGCUGGGAUCUCUCCACACUUCUAACUUCUAACCAGAGCCUGCGGAAGCUGAGCCUAGGCAACAACGAUUUGGGAGAUCUGGGGGUCAUGCUUCUCUGUGAAGUGCUCAAACAGCAGGGCUGCCUCCUGAAAAGCCUGAGGUUGUGUGAAAUGUAUUUCAACUAUGAUACAAAACGUGCACUAGAAACACUUCAAGAAGAAAAGCCUGAAUUAACCAUUGUCUUUGAGCCUUCUCGGUAG